CAGAGCUCUUUUUCGACCCCAAAAAACAAAGAAAAUUGGGAGAGCUCUUUGAAAAUCGUAGACCCGAGUCUGUGGCUGUUUGAGGAAGAAGGAGGUAGAUUUCACGGCGAUGGCUUUCAAUCUCCGGCAACGGCAAACAGAAUGUAUUGCUCGUAUGCUGAAUCUGAACCAACCUGUGACUGCGACGGGUAUGGUAAACGACGACGUUUAUAGGAUGUUGAUCUAUGAUAGGCAUUGCCAGAACAUUCUCUCCCCACUGAUCCAUGUUAAGGAUCUUCGAAAGCACGGUGUGACUCUUUAUCACCUUAUUGAUAAGGACCGAGACUCUGUCGCUGAUGUGCCUGCGAUCUACUUUGUCCAACCCACCCUUGCCAAUGUGCAGCGAAUCGUUGCCGACACGUCCAAGCUGCUAUAUGAUAGCUUCCAUCUCAAUUUCUCGUCCUCGAUUCCCCGUGCACUUCUGACGGAACUGGCUUCUGGGGCUGUGAAUUCAGAUUCGAUACAUCGGAUUUCCAAGGUGCAUGAUCAGUAUCUGGAUUUUGUGACACUGGAGGAUAAUUUGUUUUCUUUGGCACAGAAGUCUAGUUAUGUUCAGUUGAAUGAUCCAUCGGCAGGGGACCGUGAGAUUGAGGAGAUUAUUGAGAAGAUUGUUGGUGGGUUGUUCUGUGUUUUGGCCACUCUUGGUGUUGUGCCAAUCAUCAGUUGUCCACGUGGUGGACCUGCUGAGAUGGUAGCGUCGGCAUUGGAUCAGAAGCUGCGUGACCACUUGGGUGUAAAGAACAAUUUGUUAACAGAAGGGAGGACAACCUCCUUCCAGCGCCCAAUAUUGUGUCUAUUUGAUCGUAACUUCGAGUUGUCUGUGGGGAUACAGCAUGAUUUUAGGUAUCAACCAUUGGUGCAUGAUGUUCUUGGGUUGAGGCUUAAUAGGUUGAAUGUGCAAGGGGAAAAAGGCGGGAUGAAGUCAUAUGAAUUGGAUAGCUCAGACCCAUUUUGGGCAGCAAAUUGGUCUCUAGCAUUUCCUGAAGUAGCAGGUGAGAUUGAAAGCCAAUUGAGCAAGUAUAAGAAGGAUGUUGAUGAGGUAAAUAGAAGGACCGGCGGAAGUGACGGGACUGAGUUUGAUGGGACAGAUGUGAUUGGAAACACAAAACAUUUGAUGAGUGCAGUUAACUCCUUACCUGAGUUGACUGCAAGGAAGCAGGUAAUUGAUAAGCACACAAAUAUUGCAACAGUGUUGUUGGGUGAGAUUAAGGAGAGGUCGCUUGAUGCUUUUGCCAACAAGGAGUAUGACAUGAUGGCCAGAGGGGGCAUUGAUCAAAAAGAACUUUUGGGCGCACUUAAAGGGAAAGGAACUAAGAUGGAUAAACUCCGGUUCGCUAUCAUGUAUCUCAUUUCAUCAGAAAGCAUUAACCAGGGAGAAGUUGAAUUAGUGGAAGCAGCCCUCAGGGAAUGUGAGGUUGAUACCCGUGCUUUUCAGUAUGUGAAGAAGAUCAAGUCGCUGAAUGUCUCAUUGGCAUCAGCAAAUUCUGCUAGCAGAAACAACAUAGUUGAUUGGGCAGAGAAGCUCUAUGGGCAGUCAAUAAGUGCCGUGACAGCAGGUGUGAAAAACUUGUUAUCUAGUGAUAGGCAGCUGGCAUUAACUAGGACAGUGGAGGCUUUGAUGGAGGGAAAGCCAAAUCCAGAAGUAGAAUCUUACAAAAUGUUUGAUCCUCGUGUUCCGAAGUCAAGUUUGGGAAGCAACCAAUUUAAAGGAUCUUUUAAAGAGGCUAUAGUGUUCAUGGUUGGGGGUGGCAAUUAUGUGGAGUAUGGGAGCCUGCAAGAGCUUGUACAGCGUCAACAGCCUACUACAAGGCAUGUUAUCUAUGGAACAACAGAAAUACUCACAGGAGAGGAGUUUGUGGAUCAGCUUGCUAUUUUGGGUCAAAAAAUGGGAUUGGGUGGUGCCCCUGUUGCUGCUCCAACUCAGUAACAUUUGUCCUGCAAUUCGCGCACACAACGCAUGAAAUAAAGCCAUUAUGAGAAGUGAAGAAAUCGUGGUGGGUGAAAAUGUAUAAUUUUCUGCAUAGUUUGAAAUAGUUAGCAGGGACUGUUACGUUUUGUGGUUCUUUUUAUCAAAUUUUCCUUUUUGUAUUUUGUGGUGCCAGCAUGGUGGCUUCAUAUGCGACUUUGAUUGACAUCAUAUUAUCUCUGAUCACCAUGAAGAGUCUAUUUAAGUUCAUAUUUUGUUAUA